AUGGAUGUUAGCCAGACCAUCACAAAGAAAAUUUCACAGGAAGGCGGCCUGUCUGAAGGAUUCUCCUAUCAUGCUGAAGACAUGGCGGCAGAACGUGAGCCCUACGGCCCCCCGGGUCUACAGGGAUUAGUAUCCAACCCCUUCGUUUUGAUGUGCGCAGCCUGUUCGGCAUUAGGUGGUCUGGUAUUUGGCUAUGAUCAGGGCGUGGUGUCUGUCACGUUAGUCAUGGAGCAGUUCCUGUACCAGUUCCCGCGCAUUGACGGCCCUGGCUCGGGCUUCUGGAAAGGGUUGUUGACAGCAAUACUUGAGUUGGGUGCGUUGAUCGGGGCGCUCAAUCAGGGCUGGAUCGCAGAUAAGAUCUCGCGUCGGUACUCAAUUCUCCUCGCCGUGGCCAUAUUCACAGUUGGUUCCAUUCUGCAGACGGCGGCCAUCGAAUACGGAAUGUUGACCUUUGCCCGCUUUCUGGGUGGCGUCGGAAUUGGCAUGUUGUCUAUGGUUGCGCCAUUAUAUAUUGCAGAGAUCAGUCCAGCUGAAAGUCGCGGUACGCUUCUCGUGCUUGAGGAAUGGUGCAUCGUCGUGGGCAUUGUCAUCGCAUACUGGAUCACAUUUGGCACUCGAUAUAUACCCGGCGAAUGGUCCUGGCGCCUCCCGUUUCUUCUCCAGAUGGUUCCCGGAUUUGUGUUAGCUUGCGGUGUUAUGUUUCUCCCCUUCUCUCCUCGAUGGCUCGCCUCAAAAGGCCGCAAUGAAGACGCUCUGCGGAGUCUCAGCAAACUACGCAACCUUCCUACCACAGACAGACGUGUGCGUCAAGAGUACAUGGAUAUUCAAGCCGAGGUGCGCUUUCACCAGCAGAUGAAUGCCGAAAGGCACUCGACUCUGCAAGGUGGCGGACUUAAGAAUGUGUUUCUUUUAGAAAUUGCCUCUUGGGCCGAUUGUUUCCGAAAGGGCUGCUGGCGCCGCACCCACAUUGGCAUUAUGAUCACUUUCUUUCAACAAUUCGUGGGCAUCAACGCGCUGAUAUACUAUUCACCCACACUCUUUGAAACGAUGGGAUUCGACAUGAAUAUGCAGCUCAUCAUGUCGGGUGUCCUAAAUUGCUUGCAGCUUGUCGGCGUGACAACAACUGUCUGGACUAUGGAUACGCUAGGCCGUCGCAAGCUCCUGCUCGGCGGGUCUGUUGGCAUGGCCAUCUCGCAUAUUAUAAUUGCUGCUCUUGUCGGCUUAUAUAGCUCCAACUGGAGCGCCCACGAGACCCAGGGCUGGGUAAGCGCAGCCUUCCUGCUGAUCUACAUGAUUGCGUUUGGUGCUUCCUGGGGCCCUGUUCCUUGGGCGAUACCAUCGGAGGUCUUUCCCUCGUCUCUCCGUGCCAAAGGUGUUGCGAUCUCCACCUGCUCCAGCUGGCUUAACAACUUCAUUAUCGGGCUGAUCACUCCUCCCCUGAUCGAGGAUACCGGGUUCGGGGCGUAUGUCUUCUUCGCUGCCUUUUGUCUCCUCUCCGGUAUCUGGACAUUCCUUUUUGUUCCCGAGACAAAGGGCCGAAGUCUAGAGGAGAUGGAUCAUAUUUUCAAGGAUAACUCGAAUGAACAUGAGCGAGCACGGAGAAGGGCCAUUGAGGUGGAGCUCUUGAAUGAACGUCUGGAAAUGGACAUAUAG